UUAUACUAUUCCCCACCCUUCAGUUCGAAAUCAAUCUCCUCGAUUCCCCUUUCGCAUUCAAUUCUCUUGCACUUCUCGCCACUUUCUCCUCACUCUUUACUCUCAACUAAAUAAGAAAAUGGAAGAACCCAUUUCCUUAGCUUUCAAAUCUCCAGCUAUUUUUGUGACUAAACAUAACUAAGCCCUCUUCUUCCUCCUCUUGAUAGGCUUUGAACUAAUCAAACCCAAGUGGGGGGGAAAGGGAAAGAUAGUGAUCAAUGAGGUCUUUUGGGUUCUUGAUUCUGCUCUCUUUCACUGUUUCAGCACUCAUCGUCAGCAAGAGCAACAGCAUUGCAGCAGACUGUAGAGGAGCUGCUGCAGUGAUCAACAACAGGAAACUAAAGGAAAGGAGCUAUGAUGCCUGCAGGGAUGUGGGCAGUAUUAACAAGGAGGACUAUCCCCGUUCUGAUCCAUCUCCGAACUCAAAAGCGGCUAUAAGCUCUGGCCCUAUCGAGCACGGAACUCCUCUCAUGCCGUAUGUGCCAAGGGCAACACCUCCAGCUCAUCCCAGGCACGGGUCUCCUCCUUAAAUCAAGCUCCAUUCUGCCAAUGCCUCUUUUUGUACUUGAAAUUCUGUGAUCUGCCACUUGAGAACAUUUCUUAGUGUUGUAAGAUCUUAUUUUGUAUUCAGUACUUGUGGCUGUAUAAUUAGUAGUCUAUUUUGCUAAGAAGUCUCAUUCUCAUCGAUCUAAGUUGUGAAAAUAACCUUAACUAGAUAACCUGGUAAUGAAGCAUGAUGUUCUUAUUGGUAA